UCAUUGUCCAUCAUGCUGUUGGAUUAUUAAUGUAUGGAUUAAAAAUGGAUGCAGUUUGAGAGGCUAGGAUGUGUGCUUUUCAGAUGAAGCUGAGAACUCACAAAAACCACUGUAAGGACAAUCAAUUCCAGCCUAAACACUCGAAAACUUGAACCAGUGUCAAUAGCUACUUUCUGCUCAUUGAAAUUCAAACAUAUUCAAAAAAUUGAACUGUCACACCUCAGUAGGCACAGCAGUACCUCUAUUAUUUAUUGACACUCCCCCAACACAUAUUCACUGACAUUUAAGGGAGUCUUUGGUCCAUAUCCGUUUCAAACACAUACUAGUGAAAUGAUGGCGGCAGCAGGUUCAGGAGCCCCCAACAACCUGAAAUCUAGCUCCCAGCCUCCUACCAGUGCAGAUCGGCGGCUGGUGGAAAAGGCCCUCAGAAGACUGGAUAAGCUCCAUCUGCUGUGCACUAACCCCCGGCUGGGCCUAAGGAACAGUCCACCAUACAUUCCAGAUCUGGUGUCUGAGACGUCAGUACUGCUAACGCAGGUUUGGGAGCCCUACCGAGGUACUAGGGCAGCAAGCAGCCAGCUGCCCCACGCAGAGGAGGCCAAGUACCUGAGGCUCCAUUUGAGAAACCUGCUGGAUAAGACUGAGAGGGCCAUGUUGCUGUUUAAAGAGGGGAGGGAGAAGAUAUUUGAAGAGACAUCAAGUCACAGGAGGAACUUGACCAAGUUGUCCUUGCUAUUCAGUCACAUGCUCUGGGAACUGAAGGCCAUGUUUCCAGGGGGAUCCUUUCAGGGUGAUGCCUACAGGGUGACUAAGACAGAGGCUGAGGACUUUUGGAGGCAUUCAUUUGGCAACAAAUGUAUUGUACAGUGGAGUCGUUUUAAAGAGCAGCUGCAGAGAGUGCAUGCAUUUGAGGAAGGAAUGGAAUCCAUGGCUCUGAAGUCAACUUUAGAUCUCACAUGUAAUGACCACAUCUCUGUGUUUGAGUUUGACAUCUUCACAAGACUGUUUCAGCCGUGGAAGUCACUUAUUAGGAACUGGAACCAGCUAGCAGUGACUCAUCCAGGCUACAUGGCCUUCCUCACCUACGACCAGGUUGUAGCUCGUUUGGAACACUACUUACACAGACCAGGGAGUUAUAUCUUCCGUCUGAGCUGCACAAGAAUGGGCCAGUGGGCUAUUGGCCACGUGACCAUUGAAGGUGGUAUCGUCCAGACCAUCCCUCAGAAUAUACCUCUCUACCAGGCGCUCAUUGAGGGAUUCAAGGAGGGCUGCUACUUGUACCCAGAUGGCCGUGAUGUGAACCCUGACCUGAUGAGCUUGUGUGAACCAGCCCAGAGGGGCAAAGUCAGGGUUACAGAAGAGCAGUAUGAGCUUUACUGUGACAUCGGCAGCACCUUCCAACUGUGUAAGAUCUGUGCAGAGAGGGAUAAGGACACUCGUAUUCAGCCUUGUGGGCAUCUCCUGUGCCGACACUGCCUCACAGGCUGGCAGAAGUCAGCUGGCCACACCUGCCCAUAUUGUCGUUGCGACAUCCGAGGAACAGAGUCCAUCCUCAUCGAGCCCUACCUUCCAGGCGGCAGCCAAUGGGAUGAGGAGGUGGAUGAGGCUGAUGAGGAAGACGACCAUGAGGACAUUGAGAUUGUGGUAAAAGAAAUGGCUGCUCUGAGGAAGUUUUCAAGUUUGGAUACCCAGGUUCCCAGCUCCCACCUCAGCGUUCCACCUCUGCCCCCUAAACACAGCACAAACCCACGCUGUCCAUCUCCCUUCAGCCAACACCUGACAUCAGAAACCAAGACACGAGCCAAACUCUCCCACUCCCGUCAUGCUCACAGUGAGAGUGAAAAACACAGAAGUCACAAACAGGCAAACAGGAACAGGUGCGAGGAUGAAGGCUCACACAGCAGUGAGGAGGAGAACUAUGGUGGCCUGAGACCCCCUCUGUCACGCCCAUUCUCCCACAGUACUGAGUACCUCACUGAAGCAAGGCCUCCUUCUUCUUCCCAGAUGGGUGCCAACAGAGGAGCAGCUUGGCUUGGACCUCCCAGCCCGGUCAAACAGAAAAGAAAACAUAAGGAGAGAGAAGAAAGGAGACCAGGGCCCCGAAAGGAGAAAAGUGGCCUUGGAGAGAUGACGAGAACAAUGUCGUCCUGACAGAAAAAUAACAUCUGGAAUCUAAAGACUUUUUAAAUAUAAAGUGAAAAAAUACCUAAAGAAAUCAGCCUUCAGUGAAUGUAAAAAUAGAUGUUGGUGUACUGUAAAUGACCUGCUGCACUGCUGACUAUGAAAUUGAGAUGAGUGGGUGGGACUGACAGACGAAUUGCCCACUGAGGCCUCCUACUAUUCACUGUUUCAGUCUGUUAUUAUCUCACCAGUAGAUUCAGUACUGAUUCAUAGUCUCUCACACUGUCUUCUUAUAAUUAUAAUUAAAGCCUUUGCUGAGCCUCUAUGCACUAAUAUAAAUCAAUGAAAUGCUUCAUAUGUGAAUGAGGAUUCACAGAAAUUAUGUGG